AUGAGUACUUCUCAUUCUAGUCCUUCUAAUCCUGACAAAGAAAAAGCUGAUGAAACAAGACCUUUAUGGAAGUAUGUUACAAAAAUAAAGAGUUUUAGUGGUAAUGGAGGAGGAAAUUUUGAAAUAAAAUGUAAUCUUUGUGACAUUGUUUUUAAUGGAUCAUAUACUACAUUAAGAUCACAUUUGUUGAAGAUUUCGGGAAAGGGAGUUAGAUCUUGUGUGAAGAUAACAACCGCAAAACUUAUAGAAUUGAAGAAGAUGGACAAUGAAGCUAAAUCUAAGGAGGAGAAGUCUAAACGAAAAUUUGUCUCUUUGCCUCCUAAUUCUAGUGAAGGUCAAAAUAUUGUUGGUGCUAAUCCAAAAAAAGAAAGAAAUGCAUCAACAAUAGAAGGUUCUUUUAAUACGCAAGCUAGAGAAACACUCGAUUCUGAAAUUACUAGGAUGUUUUACUUUGCCGGACUACCAUUUCAUUUAGCAAGAAAUCCUCAUUUUAGGAGGGCAUUAUCCAUUGCUGCUAACAGUAGUAUUCCUGGUUACCAACCUCCUGGUUAUAAUAAAUUAAGAACAACAUUGCUUAUAAAAGAGAGGCAACACGUGGAGAAUUUAUUGCAACCAAUUAAAAAUUCAUGGAACCAAAAGGGUGUGACAAUUGUUAGUGAUGGAUGGAGUGACCCACAAAGAAGACCUCUUAUUAAUUUCAUGGUUGUCACAGAGAGUGGUCCUAUGUUUUUAAAGGCAAUAGAUUGUUCAAAUGGGAUAAAAGAUAAGGAAUUCAUUGCAAAAAAAAUGAGGGAGGUCAUCAUGGAGGUCGGACCUUCAAAUGUCGUGCAAAUAGUGACAGACAAUGCAACAGUUUGUAAGGCAGCUGGUUUAAUAAUUGAGGCUGAGUUUCCUUCUAUUUUUUGGACUCCGUGUGUUGUCCACACAUUAAAUCUUGCUUUCAAAAAUAUUUGUGCAGCUAAGGAUAUUGAAAGAAACAAUGAUGUUUACAAAGAGUGUUCAUGGAUCACAAAAAUUGCAGAAGAUGCAAUUUUUAUAAAAAAGUUUGUAAUGUGUCAUUCCAUGAGAUUAUCGAUUUUUAUUUCAUUCAAUUCCUUAAAAUUUCUCUCUAUCGCUCCAACAAGAUUUGCCUAUACUACUGUAAUGCUCAGAAGGUUUAAAUUAUUGAAGAGAGAUCUUCAUAAUAUGGUGAUUAGUGAGCAAUGGUUUUCUUAUAAAAAAUAUGAUGUUGAAAAGGCUAAAUUUGUGAAGGAAACUUUGUUAGAUGAUAAUUGGUGGGAUCGGGUUAAUUAUAUUAUUUCUUUCACUAGUCCUAUCUAUGAUGUUCUUAGAAGAACUGAUACAGAAGCUUCAUGUCUCCACCUAAUAUAUGAAAUGUGGGAUUCAAUGAUUGAAGAAGUGAGGAAGGCUAUAUAUAAAUAUGAAAGAAAGGCGGAAAAUGAACAAUCAACCUUUCAUGAGAUUGUGCACUCGAUAUUGAUUUCUCGUUGGACAAAGAGUAGCAGACCUCUUCAUUGUUUAGCUCAUUCCUUAAAUCCAAGUGAAGAUCCUAAUCGAGUUUGUCCACAUCAAGAUAAGGAGCUCACUCAUGAAAGAGGAAAAUGCUUUAAAAGGCUUUUUCCUGAUGCCGAUGAAAGGAGGAAAGUGAAUGUAGAGUUUGUCAACUUCUCAGAUGGAAGAGAAGGUUUUGCUGACAUUGAUUCAUUAAAUGAUAUGGGUUUAAUGGAUCCAAAAACUUGGUGGCUAGUUCAUGGCGUUCAUGCUCCAAUACUUCAAAAGGUUGCCCUUAAGCUACUUACGCAACUGUGUUCAUCUUCUUGUAGUGAAAGGAAUUGGAGUACAUAUUCAUUUAUACAUUCACUAAAGAGAAACAAGAUGGCACCACAAAGGGCAGAAGAUUUAGUAUUUGUUCAUAGCAACCUUCGAUUGCUUUCAAGGAAUAGUCCACAAUAUAAGCAAGAGGAAACUAAAAUGUGGGAUAUUGCCGGAGACAAUUUUGGAUCACUUGAUGAUUGCAGAAUUCUUGAAGUUGCUAAUCUUUCUUUAGAUGAACCUGAGUUAGAGAAUGAAUUUUCAAUGAUGGUGAUCAAUUAG